AUGAAAUUGUUCGUGGCUUUGCUUAUCCUGCCUUUUGCAUGUGCAAACAGUUUAGAUGACUGGUCUCCUUACGGAUACAUUUCAAAAUACGCGAUCCCAUUUGCAGAGAAACUUCAAAAAGCUGAAGAUGCUGCCGUAAACAACCUCUCUGGAAGGAUUGUAGGAGGUGAAGCUGCUCAGCUUGGAGACCAUCCCUAUCAAGCUGGCAUGAUUUCGGAUAUUGUCAAUAUGACGGGACGUGGCGUUUGCGGAGGUUCACUGCUUUCUGCCAACAAAGUACUAACGGCUGCCCACUGUUGGUACGAUGGUCGCAACCAAGCCUGGAGGUUCACGGUCGUUCUUGGUUCCGUAUACAUUUUCGAUGGAGGACUGAGGAUCCACACUUCAGAUGUGAAAACGCACCCAUUGUGGUUCCCAUUACUGGCCCGCAAUGACGUUGCUAUGGUUACUCUUCCAGAAAACAUUGCCUUUACAGAUUAUAUUAGCCCUGUGUCUCUACCAAAUGUUCUGGAAAGUUUUGAAAACUUCGCCGGUGAACAAGCCACAGCAUCUGGAUAUGGAUUAACUGUAUCAGGCGGAAACCUUUAUCAGAAUCAAUCUCUGAACCACGUCACUCUCCGAGUACUUUCCAAUGACGUUUGUAGUGCAUUCUUCCCUAUACAUGUGGUCGAUUCAACGAUUUGCACCAGCGGACUUGGAGGAACUAGUACCUGCCAGGGUGACUCUGGUGGACCCCUUGUAGUUCAGAGAGGCGAGAGGCGUGUGUUGAUUGGUGCCACGUCAUUUGGUAUCGCUCUAGGCUGUGAUAUUGGCUUCCCCGCUGCCUAUGCUAGAGUAACCUCCUUCCUCAACUUCAUCAACGAAAACUUGUAA